AAUAAUAAGAAAGAUGAAUUAUUUAACUCCAAAAUAAUAAAAAUGGAGAUAAAUAGGUCCUUGUAUAACUGAUUUCACAUAUGAAAACAAUAUAGAUUGGCCUGUAACAUCAUGUAAAUGGGGACCGAUUGUAUAAGAAACAAAAGAAUAUAUUAGACAAAAAGUAUAUUUUGCAAUCAAAACAGAUGGAAUAUAUGAUGAAGUGACAAACAUUUGGAAAUAGACUCCAUGUCAAUUAAUAGUAGCUACUGUAGGUAAUAAAGAAAUAAUAAUUUAGAUAUUCCUUAAGUGAAAUAUUAGAUUAAUCAUUAAGUCACUUUCGUAUAUUAGUAAUUACAAUUUUAUAAGAAUCCACAUUUAAAGAUACGAUAAAUGAUUGUACAUCCUGGAGAUGUUAAUAUUAUAAAAUGUAAUACUACUUAGAAAUUGAUUGCUACUAAAAGUGAUAAUAGUAAUGUAUUGGUAUGGGAUGUUACAAAACAUAAGACUUAAUAGAAUCCGAAAGAUCCACAUGCAGGUAUUCCUGAAAUAUAUUUAAUGGGACAUUCUUAAUAAGGUCAUUCAACAGCUUUAGAUUGGUCAUAAGAAUAUAAAUUAGGUAGUGGUGGGAAAGAUUGUAAAAUAUUAUUAUGGGAUAUAAAUGAUUAUUAAACUAGAUUAUCAACUAGUUCUAUUUUUACUAGUAAAAGAGAACUAAGUAAUAUAUGUGGCAAUGAUUCAAUCAAAUUAGAUAAAAGAACUGUAUUGACUGGACAUCAAGCUGAAGUUGUAGACAUGUCAUUUAAUAAAUUUUAAACAGAUCAAUUGAUAUCAUGUUGUUAAAAUAGAUAAAUUAUUUGUUGGGAUUAAAGAAUUGAUGGAGGAAAAUGUUGGAAUCUAAAUGAUGUACAUAAAAAAGAUAUUCAUUGUGUAAGUUGGAGUUAACAUGAUGAAAAUUAUAUUGCAAGUGGUUCAUUAGAUGGAAGUGUACAUAUUAUUGAUAUACGAAAACCUAUUGGAAUUUAAGAUUACGUUAAAGAAGUGGAUAAUCUUUCAUAAGUUUAUUCACUGUAAUUUGGACCUGAUAGAAAUCAUUUGACUAUUGGAAGUGAAGAAUUGUAUUCUGUUAACUUUUAAACCAAAGAAACUACCUUCUGUUAUUUUGGUCAUAAGUAUUUUUCAUAUUUUUAUCAUUAUCAAGAGGUAGUAUCAAUGAUUUUGAUAUUAAUGAUAAAAGUCCAUGGACUUAUGUAAGCACAUGCCAAGAACAUGAAUAUUUUGGAGGAGGAUGUUUACAUAUCUAUCGCCUAUUAGAUUUAGUAUAUUUAAAUGAAGAAGAAGCAUUCUAAUAAUUAAAUAAUUGA